AAAACCCCCAAAUUCCAGAAACCCUAACCCCAUCCGCCUCAAUCCCUCCCAUUUCAGAAACCCCGAUGAGCACCCUAUCCUGCCAAAUCGCCACUCCAUCCACCCUUCUUCGCUGCAUCAAGUCUGAAAUCCUGUCAUUCGCCCCAGCGAUUGGAAAGUGGUUUCUCGAAAAAAUCCGAAACCCGCAUUUUCAGCUACCCUUUCCACCUAUUUCUCCCUAUUCAUCGGUAACACCUACAAUGGGAAGAUAGUAGACAUCUACAUACCCUGGAAACCCACAUUCAGGAGACCUCACAACUACGCCGUCAUCCGUUUCCUGUACGAAGAUGACGUGCGCGCGGCUAUGGGUUUCCUUGAUGGGAAGAUGGUGGACGGAAGGAUUUGGGGAAUCUCCUGGGCUAAACCCAGGGUUCCUCCCUCUCCCACCAGAUCAGAGCCCCUCAUCGAAGAUUCCAACUCAAGGGCAUCUCCUGCUCAAACGCUGAGCACCGGCCGCUCCUUCGUUGAUGUAGCCAAAGGCCCUACCAGAUCUGCAUCCGGACCCACCAAUCUGCCCAAGUCUCCAACCAGAAAUGCAUCCAUCCCCAUCAGUGCAAGCCCUCCUUCUUCGGCAGCCGCGCAUCUGGCGCAUGCAGAUUCUAAGGAGGUCCGAGAAAAGCUACGAGAUCUGAGCCUCGCCUUGGUGGGGUAUGCCUCCAAAAGUGACCUGUCCAUCAGCCAUUUGGUUAAAUGCCUCAAUGACUCAAGGAUGGCCAUUUAAGAGUUUUCAAGUGGCUAGUAUGGAAGUCCUUGAUCAGCCUGAUGCCCAUGCCUCUGUGAAAGAUUUAGAUUUCAG